UGAAAACACAUGUGAAACAAUAACAAAAACCAGCAAAACAAAAAACAACGAGAACAAGAAACACGAAAGCAGAAACGAAAACAAAGAGGAAAAGGAAAUCGUGAAAAAUUUCGGGAAAAAUUCCGUUCUCCUCGUAUUCGCCGUUUUUCUCGUCAUUUCACUUUGUUUUUGUUUAUUUUCCUGACGACACGCUUUUCAAAUCGACCCGACUCAAUGAUGGCGGAGUUCCAUCGACUGGCUGACCAAAAAUAUACCGAGGCUGAAUAUCUCUUCCAGCAGACAAUCGAAAUGGCCAAAUCGGAUGAAGAGUAUGAUGUGGAAUUAUGUUCUACGCCACCGCCGCAAACAGGUGAAAUGUAUGACCUGGAGUUGGUGCCGCAAGAGCCCAGUAUUUUCUCGUGGAAGGUUGUGAAACGUCGACAGCGGCCGCAUCGCCGUUAUACGGUGUCGCAUGGCGCACCACCAGCGCCGCCAUCCACGCCCACAUCUCUGACGGCCAAUAAUACGCCUGCGCCCUCACCCACCGCCUCCAGCAAUCUCAACGUCAAUGGUAGUAGUGCUGACGAUGAGCCGCUGAACAGCCUCCUCUACAUUCUCGAUUAUGCACCCAAGUACAAAAAGAAACUCAAGGAACAACAACGCACCGAUGCAGAAUUAGCAGAACUCUUCAAUGUUAUUAAGAUAACUAGUAGUGGUUUGGGCACAAGUGGGGCCGGUGGUGUGAGUGGGAAUACGAGUAAUGGUGGUGGUACGCUAGCGGAGGAAAAUUCAGCUAAGCUACCGCCAGAACGUGGCAUUAGCGUUAACUCCCGUGUGAUACGAAAGCAUGACGCCAAUGCGAAAAUCUUCAAAAUCCAUCGGAAUCCCAAAGAGUUCUUUCGGGACCCGGUGGCAGUGGGUGGUGGUGGCGAAGAAGAGGACUCAGUGUCCGCGCCCGAAUACGAUGAUGCCGAAGAAGAGGAGACACGUUUUCGGCGACUGAGACGCUACAAAGUUGCUACAAUACGUCGUCGAUUACGGAUAUCCAAGCGGCAAAGACGUUUUGCACGCUUUGAGCAGCAGGAGCGUAUGGACGCUAUGAUGGAUAAUUUCGAUGCCGCCAUGACAAUGCAUGAUGCCUAAUAAGUUAGAUACGCUAACGUGUCUAACCACUGCCAACUUGAUGCAAGUUGGCUUGCAACAGUGAAAUUGAAGGCAACACAACCGAGUUAAGGAACAUAAAUGACUAAAAUUAGUAAUAUGGACGAGUAUGAUGACGACGAGUGCAGACGUCUACCUUCCAAAUGGGUCUCAAUGUGAUCAAUAUGAAUUUCUUCUGCUAAAUUAUUAAUUAAUGUACUGCAAAAAUAAUUUGUUCACUGAACUUUUUGCGUAAAUUUAACUUUAAACGUAACGAUAGAUAUUCUUUCUCUCCUUUUUAUAUUUUGUUUGAACAAAAAAGAAAAAAAGAAAACACUAAAGAAAGAAACAAAACUUAAACAUAAAAUUAUAAAAAAAAAAUGAAAUAUAAUUGUAUUGUAAACUAUUGUAGAAGAGCGGUCCAGUGCUUCUUUCUAUGCCCCGUCGCCAGCUGACCUCCAAACGCAGGAUUUUAUGCCAUGACGCGCGGACGUACUGACGAACUGGGCAUGAUAAGUGGCCAAAUGCGCCGCAUUACUCUGUGUGUGAAUUGUUUGUUUACAUCUCUCUGAUUAUUUUGCGUUGUAAAUGUGUGAGUAGCGAACACAAGGAAUGCUCUGUGUUCGGCAAAACAAAUAAAUAAAUACUAAAAAACAAAAAGAAAUAAAACAAAAUAA